ACGUAUUGAGAAGGCCCAAACUAUAAUACAACCAACAUCAUCUUCUUUCUCCGAAAUAUACUAACUUUUGAUUCUAUUUUCAACGUUCACGAUUUUUCAUCUAGAAUAUUCCAUCCACUUUAAAGUUCACAUGCAACGAGAUGUUUUAGUUGUUAUCCUGGGAAAAAAAAAUGAAAUAAAAUAAGGCCAUUUUAUUAUUUUUCCUUCUUUGUGUGUGUUGGAAACAGUGGGCCGAGCGAGAGAGGACAAAGAGUAGUAAAAAGAGGAAAAAGUCGACUUGGGGAAAAGGCAUAGGACACACAGCGUAUCGAGUUGUGGUUGCCGAACCCGAUAUGGUGUGAUUCCACCACGGACGCCAGCGCCACCGCCAAGUGUGUGGCGAGAGGAGCCGACAAGCCGAGAUCGUCUGCCUUUGUUCAGCUCAGUUGCUGAACGACCAUCUGACCGACAGGGUCGUUAAAACCAUUUGGCCCAAGUUUUGAAAUAAGUUUUUAUUUUGUUUCAACUCUUUUUAUUAUUUGGUCAUCCUCUCCGCUUCCACCACACACACACACAAAGUUUUUCUUAAUUUGGUCAGAAGAAAAUUUAAUCACCAAUCAUUCCUGUUAAAAGGCGAAAAAGUUGUUUGAUUCAGUCGUUGAUGGGUUGGCCCGGUUGUCCUUGAUUGAUAUCGAGUCGAUUCUUUUAAUGUAUUUAAAAGUUGAGAGUGUCAGUGCUGUGGAGAUUGCGUCAAGCUCAUCUUCGUCUACCACCACCACCACGUCGAGACUAGGCAGUAACUCGCUGUCGUCUUUGUCGUCGUCGUCCAAUCGUCCAGGAGUUACGAAAAUUCCCGUUCCGUUGCACCACCGACUGGGUGGCGGGGCGGCCGCCGCUGCUGCUGCUGUUGCUGCCGCCGCCUCUGCCGCCACUGGGGCCGCCUGCACUCCCGAUGAGAUCUACUGUUACACUCAGUCCAAUUCCAACAACAUUAAUCGGACGACGAGCCUCCAUUUCAAUCACCACUAUCAACAAUUCAACAACCAUCACUAUUACAACAGCCAAUCGGCAGCAGCCAUCAGCAGCCCAGCAACAGCACCAAACAGGGGAGGAUUCGGUCGGUUACCACCUCAAGCACAUCAUUACGAUUUGGCAACUGCCAAUUCAUCUCCCAACAUGGGAAUUCAUCACAUUGGUGCGGCUGAUUUUGCUUCAACUGUCGAUGUACAACACGGCCCUGGUCGACCAGACCGGCUGGAACAGGUCAUGUCUUUGCAUCCGCAAUAUUUGAAAAUAUUCACCAAGUCGCAGUCGUUCAUCAUGCGAGGCGAUGGACCGUUACCCUUCCACUACCGACACUACAUCGCCAUUAUGGCCGCUGGUCGCCAUCAAUGUUCGUACCUGAUUCAACAGCAGGUGAACGAGUUCCUUUUGCAAGGCGGAGACGAGCGCUGGCUCAACGGACUCCAUUCGAUUCCGGCCAAACUGAGGGAUCUCUACGAAAUCAAUAAGAUUUUGGCUCACCGGCCUUGGCUCAUCACCAAACACCACAUUGAGAAAUUGACUAAAGGCAGCGACAGUUGGUCACUGGGCGAAUUGGUGCACGCGCUGGUGAUCCUCUCGCACUACCACGCCAUCUCGUCUUUCGUUUUCGGUGUCGGAAUUGGGGACGGUGAAGAUGAACCGCCUUGCUGCUGCCCGUCUAUCGCCCACAAAUCGGCCACUACCACGGCCACUGCUUCGGUUCCAUCUGGUAAUAGUAGUAGUGGACAAUCAACUCCGACCUCGGCAUCUCCUCCGCUAACCAACGGCGGCAGUCCUUUGGUGUUGGCAACACGAGAAAUCGUCACGGCUCCAACUACAUCGGCUGCAACCGGAGCCGGUUCCAAUCAAGGAUCGAGGUCCAAUUCGGGCCGUGGAUCGCCUGACGAGCCUCGGAGCGCUGCUGGGAGCCGGCGCGGGACCUUGUCGACUGGCGAUUUUGGCAUGAUGCAAGAUCACGAGCUGAUGGCCGGAGGGCUGGACGCUUUGAUGAUGCGGAUGAAGAAUUUGGACGAGCACCGGCAAGAGUACAGCGCCGAGGAGCAGACGAAACGCUACGAACACGUCGAGAGUCAGAGCGCCGAAUUGGGCGUGGUUGGAUCGUCUACGGCCGUCGAUGGAUUUUCAUCCAGCCGUCCCAAACCGGAAAUUAGUCAAUUUAUCGACGACCCCGAUUUCACUUACCAGGACUUUGCCCGUCGCGGCUCAGUGAAUUUGAUUCCGACAUUUCGUGUGCAGGACUAUUCUUGGGACGAUCACGCUUUCUCGCUCAUCAACCGGUUGUACAACGACGUGGGCAACUUGCUGGACGACAAAUUCCGGCUCAUGUACCAGUUGACGUACAACUUUAUGGGCUCGAAGAAGGACGUUGACACGUCACGCUUCCGCACGGCCAUUUGGAAUUACAUUCAGUGCAUGUUUGGCAUCCGUCACGAUGACUACGACUACGGCGAGGUGAAUCAGGUGCUGGAACGAUCCUUGAAGGCCUACAUCAAGACGGCCGUCUGCUUUCCCGAACGAGUCACCAGAGCCGAUUACAACAACAUCCUCAAGGAGCUCCAUCACUCGGAAAAGAUUCACGUCAAUUUGAUGCUAUUAGAGGCUCGCAUCCAGGCCGAGCUGCUCUACGCUUUACGUGCCGUCAUGCGUUACAUGACUUAAAAACAAAAACAGAAAACCGUUUAUCAUUUUUCUUCGAAUCGCCAAAACGCAUCAAAAAGAGGCGUUUUAUUUUUAACAAAACAGUAGACAAACUCCCCCAACAAAACAAUUUUUUUCCCUCUUACAAAACUCAGACUUCUCUCUCCAUCUUUCUCUCUUAAAUUAAUUUUUAUCUGGCUUUAAACAGUUUCUGGCAUUUCCCUUUUAUAGAAACGGAUUUAUCUUUUUUUUUUUUUUUUAAUUAUUAAGCUAAUCUUUAGAAUUAUCUCCACACACACACAUACCGGAUGUUAGAUGAGACGGCUUUUUUUCUGAUAGACGCUGAUGUUUUAAAAAAUGAAAGGAAAAUGUUUUCAAUUUUCUCUAGGGCGCGAAAAUUUGAAAUUGCUGAUGACGCCCUUUUCGUGUUCAAAAAAAAAGAAAAAUUGAUAAAAAAUUUUUUUUUUUAGUUCGAUAUGCCUUGUGUCUUUCAAAACUAGGGUGCGGCAACCAAUCGCUUAUAUUCGAUGAAGAUGUCGCACAAAACAAAUUCUCCAAAAAAAGAAAAGAAGAAAUUUUUACAAAAAAUGAUUAUUCCCUUUAUAUUAAUUAUCUCUUUUGCGCGAUCGAUCCUCUUUUUUUUUAAAUACUUCUUCUCUCGUCUGUCUCUCUUUCUUUUUGUGUUUGUGUGUAUAGAAUGGAAAGAAGAAAAAGGACAAAUGGAAGAAAAAGUAUUUUUUAAAAUGAUUUCCGGCUCUCACGGAAUAAUUUUUUGAAAAAGCAAAAGAGGAUGAUUAAGAAAUUGUGUCACAAUCGAGGGCGCUUGGUUACCGAGUAACGGGGGCUCGUGUGUUUUAUUGUGUGUGGAAAGAAUAAAGCUUUGAUAGCCAAGGGGCCGUUGUGUGGAUAAAUUUUUAAUUUUUUCAAAAAAACAAAACUUUUUCUUUCGUUCAGUGAUCCAAAUUUCUUUUUGGUAGUGAUCUCUUUCUUACAUAUUUUUCUCUUUUUCUUUCUUAUCUCUCUCGAGUCUUUUUUAUCGGACCUUUGUUGGUUUCCCCACCACCCACCAUCUCUCUUCUUCAUGGUCAUUUUUUAAAAAAACUAAAUUUUUGUGGCAAUCCGGUCGGUGCGGAUUGAAAACGCCGGAUAUCGUCGUGUGAUGUGCGUUUCAAAGAAAUUUUUCGUUUAGGUUUUAAAAGAAAAAAGGAGCGCUGCUUUGUCGUUGCGUCCAUCUUUUUUUUUAACUUUUACUUUUCUCUCUCGCUUUUUAUUUUGGAAUUUUAUUUUACAAAUUGAAUUAAGAAAAAAAUUUUUGGAGGAAAAAAAAAUUCGGAUUUUUUUUCAAUUCAAUUAAAAUUUGGAAGUCGUCCAUACAAAAAAUGGGAAAAAUUAUUGCGAAUUCGUGUCGACUCCCCACACAUACAAACCCUGUAUUAUUUGAUUUAAUAUAACUUAGAGAGAGAAGAAGAAAAAGUCUGUAUUAGCUUAUAGGAAAUUUAUGAAAGAUUUUAAAACAACAAAAAAAAAUUUGAAUAUGUUCGCCUUUGUCGUCCUAUUGUCGGACUCUCCCUCACCCCGUGCUAUAUUACCCUCCUAUACCUCUCCAAAUUUGUGUGAAAAUUAAGUGAUGAUACGAUCAUUCGAUUAUUUUGAACGGAGCGAAACUAAAAGAAAAAAUACAAACUAGGAUAAAACAAA